AUGUUUAAUCGUCUUAAAUUUUGGGAGCGUCGGGAGCCGCAAGUGUGUACGCGUCAGGUGUAUGUUAAUGCACCUUUACCACAAAGCAAACUUGAUAAAAAAGGACGUCCGAGACAACGUUAUGCUACCAACACAAUUACUACUUCAAAGUAUUCGAUUUUAAGUUUUGUGCCAAAAAACUUGUAUGAACAAUUCCAUCGUGUUGCCAAUUUUUUCUUUUUGUUAUUAGUAAUUUUACAAUGGUUUCCAGAAUUCGCCACUAUAAACCCUAUAGUAGCGGCUUUACCAAUGUUUAUAAUAACGGGCAUAACUGCAAUAAAAGAUGGAUUUGAAGACUUUAAACGGCACGUGACCGAUAGAUCUGUUAACCACAGAAAGACAUGGACUUUAGGAAAUUGGACAAAUUAUAAUUAUCCAAAUUCAACUUCUAAAUUUUUUUCUUUUCAAUCAAAAACUUCCGAGAAAUUAAAUGAAAAAAAUGGUCCAACUUGGAAAGAAACAAUGUUUAGAGAUGUUAGAGUGGGAGAUUUUAUUAAAUUACAUAAUGAUGAAUUUAUUCCAGCUGAUAUCCUUAUCCUUUCAACCUCGGAACCUAAUUCACUUUGCUAUGUAGAGACUAAAAACCUUGAUGGUGAAACGAAUCUUAAGAUUAGGUCAAGCGUACCAGAAAUUGAUCACUUAGAAACGGCUGAAGAUUGUACAUCAAUUAAAUUUUAUGUAGAUUCUCAACCACCUGCUUCAAAUUUAUAUAGUUAUAAUGCUACUUUGGUGUUUCCGGAGGGUUUACCGGACCGACCGCGUUCUCGUGGUGGUCCUGUUAAAAUAGCUGUUAAUCUUAAUUCAUUAUUAUUAAGAGGUUGUGUGUUGAAAAAUACUGAAUGGGUAAUUGGAUUGGUUGUGUUUACUGGUACUGAUACGAAACUUGCGUUGAAUUCCGGUGAAACUCCAUCAAAAAGAAGUCAGAUAGAGAGAUUGAUGAAUCCACAAAUGUAG